AUGCCCAAUUCAACUUCGAAAGUUUGGAAAUUUUUUGACAAAAAUGAUGAUAAUAUUUUGUGUAAAUUGUGUGAAAAUAAAAAGUAUAGUAAAAAAUGCUCAACAACAACAUUAGCCCGUCAUUUGCGCAGUAAAUACCCCGCACAAUAUAUUGUUAUUCAAGCACCUUCAAAUACACAUCAUCACCAUCCAUACUCACGCGAACUGCAACGUCCUAUUACUGAUGCACUUUUAGAGUGGAUAGUUAUAGAUCUACAGCCUUUUACAACAGAUCUAAUGACUAUUCUGCGACCAAUAUAUGAAGCCACUACUUUUUUAUCCUCAGCUUCACAUCCAACCAUUAGUGAUAUUCGAGUAGCGUUUACUGGCAUGACUAUUGAAUUAGAAGCCUAUCUCAACCCUACUGCUAGUCAAUAUUCGGUUGCAUUAGCUAUUAAUAAUAAAUUAAAAGAAUAUUGGAAUUAUUACUUCGAUAUUCAUUCAUCUAUUCCUGCAGUUUUAGACCCCUGA